AUGUCAAGUUCCAAAUCAUCAACUCCUAACUCUGAGUCUAGACGAAAAAAUAUUUCGGCAGGUAAAACCCAUGAACAAACUGCAUCAACAUCUGCUUCUACAGCGGCUGAAUCUGAAAAACCACAUACACCAUCACCGAAUGAUCAUAAGUCACCAAAAGAUCCAUUACUAAAAUCUGCAGAACGACAACCAUCGACAAAAGGCACUGGUCAAGCAUCACCAAAUCUGCCGAAAAGAUCGUCUCCACAAAGUGAAAAUAGUGAAUUUCAAUGCUCUAAUUCAGCAUCAGCUACAGCCAAUGAAGAAAAUCUAAAUACGAAUGAUCAAGGUCAUAAUGAAAAACAAAAAAUAGAAGUCAAGUCAUCAAAAGAAAAACCAAAAGUAGAUAUAUGUCCUAUUUGCUUGGAUGAUUGUACUGAACCAAAACAACUUAAUAAAUGUGGUCAUGCAUUUUGUUCAGCUUGUAUUGAUCAAUAUUUUCAAACGAUUAAACCUCAAUGUCCAUGUUGUUUUACUAUCUAUGGUGAAAUUCGAGGAAAUCAACCAGAAAAUGGUAUUAUGACACAUCAUGUACGAAAACGUCGUUUACCAGGUUUUACAAAUAAUUCAUUUGGUACUAUUGAAAUAACAUAUUACUUUCCUGAUGGUAUUCAGGAUGAUAGACAUCCAAAUCCAGGUAAGCGAUAUCACGGAACGACUCGUGUGGCUUACUUACCUGACAAUACUGAAGGUCGACGUAUAUUUAAACUAUUACAAAAAGCUUUUGAACUUCGUCAAACUUUUACUGUGGGUCAAUCUCGAACAACAGGUUAUGAUAAUGUUGUUACAUGGAAUGAUAUUCAUCACAAAACAAAUUUUUAUGGUGGGAUGGAGAACUUCGGUUACCCAGACGAUACAUAUUUUAAUCGAGUUCUACAAGAAUUAGCAGCAAAAGGAAUUCAAUGA